AUGGCCCGCACCAAACAAACCGCCCGCAAGUCCACUGGAGGAAAGGCUCCUCGUAAGCAACUCGCCUCCAAGUCCGCCGCUCGCAAGACUGCCUCCAAUGCCGCUGGCGGAGUCAAGAAACCUCACCGUUUCAGGCCCGGAACCGUUGCCCUCCGUGAAAUCAGGCGUUACCAGAAAUCUACUGAACUUCUCAUCCGCAAGCUCCCCUUCCAACGUCUUGUUCGUGAGAUCGCCCAGGACUUCAAGACUGAUCUCCGCUUCCAAUCUUCCGCCGUCAUGGCCCUGCAAGAGGCCGCUGAGGCUUACCUCGUCUCGCUCUUCGAGGACACCAACUUGGCCGCCAUCCACGCGAAGCGUGUCACCAUUCAACCUAAGGAUCUUGCCCUUGCCAGGAGGUUGCGCGGUGAACGCUCGUAA